UGGAUGGAUGGAUGGAAGGAAGGAAGGGUGGGUGGGUGGAUGUAGGAAGGAAGGAAGGAAAGAAGGAAGGAAGGAAGGAAGGAAGGAAGGAAGGAAGGAACCAUCCAUCCAUCCAUCCAUCCAUCCCAAUACAACAUAUCAAAGCAUAUCAUUGGCCGGUUCAUCCAUACGCUACCAUGACAACAUGUACCAUCUGCUGCUGCUGUUUAGUUGUAAACUACUUUGGUUGCCAUGGUUUCUUGCUCCCGGUGUAGCCUGUUUCCUAUUCUAUUGUCUUGACUGCCAUUUUGUCAACGUUUGCCAUCAUGUCAACUAUUAGACCAUUUUAGAAAACAAUUACUUCUUCUCCAAAAUGGACCAAAUGGGGUUGAUUUAUAAAAUCAUAAAAAAGAUAUUACUUUUUAUUAUUAAUAUUACUGAUUAUAUCACAUCAUAAUAUCAUACCAAGUAACGUGUAUGUAAUUUGAGAGGUCAGAGGCACUAUUACGGGGUUACUACCACUAUUUUGCACACUUUAAUGUAUAGAUAUUUCAUAAAAAAAUUAAUAAAUUGUUCAUUGUUCCACGCUUUUGUGUGGUUUUACACUUUUACAGUUUAUUAUCAUUACAAGAUAUGAAACGUUACAGAAUACACAUGCUGUGUAUGUGUUAUUAGUCACAUUCCCGAGUUGUCGAUAAAUAAUACAAGUUAUGACCUGUAAAUAAUUAAAAACUUAAAUGUUACUUUCAAUAAUAAUAUUGAAAAGGCAGAUAAUUGCUCCUUAAUUAUGGGUAUUAUUAUCGCCAUGCUUUAUAAAUUAUGUAUUUAAGCAUCUCGGAAAAUGCAGUUAGCAUCGUUAAUUAGUUCCAGAAGUCCGACCUCGACCUGAAACUGAAUUUUUUCCCAUAAAAAUUAUGUAAUUCCAAUUAAUCAUUUCCAUCAAUGUAAUACAUGAAAUCAACAGAAUGUAAACUGAAUCGUGUUUACGCUUAAAAGGACUUAAAAGUAGAUGCAGCAUUGCAGAAUAGAAUCAGGAACACUUGGGAUCUUGGUAAAGGCAUUAAGCAUGGGAUCAACGUUCCCGAAAAGGAAAUCCAUCCAUGACAAGACCUGUAUUAACCCUUAAAUGCACCAAAGACUGGACCCUACACUCUUCCAUAAGUGGGUCAAAAAUGAGUUAAAAAUAAGUUAAAAAUGAGAAUGGCAUGAUAUCAAAAAAAAUGUUUUUUGAGAAAUACCUGGAAUAUGAAAAAUAAAAAAAUUAAAAAAAAUUAAUUAAGAAGAUAUUUCAAGAAAACAACCUGACCGGGUCAUUUUUGGGGUAGUAACACAAAAACUAAAAUUUCUUAAAAUUUAUAAAAAUAAGUUAAAAAUGUGAAUGGCAUGAUAUCAAAAACAUGUUUUUUGAGGAAUACCUGGAAUAUGAAAUGAUAACAUUUUUUAAUUACGAACAUAUUUCAAGAAAACAACCUGACCGGGUCAUUUUUGACCCACUUAUGGAAGGUUGGGGUAGUAACACAAAAACUAAAAUUUCUUAAAAUGUAUAAAAAUAAGUUAAAAAUGUGAAUGGCAUGAUAUCAAAAAACAUAUUUUUUGAGGAAUACCUGGAAUAUGAAAAAUUAAAAAAUUAAAAAAUUAAAAAAUUAAAAAAUUAAAAAAUUAAAAAAAUAAAAAAUUAAAAAAUUAAAAAAUUAAAUUAUUAAAACAUUAAAACAUUAAAACAUUAAAACAUUAAAACAUUGAAAAAUUCAAAAAUUAAAAACUAAAAAUUAAAAAUUAAACAAAUUCUUAAAAUGUAUAAAAAAUAAUAUAAUAAUUAUAUAUUUUAUAAAUAUAUAUACUUAUUUAUUGAUAUAUAAUUAUUAUUAAAAUUACAAAGAUAUUUCAAGAUUUUUUUUGGGACCCACUUAUGCAUUUAAGGGUUAAAAAAAUCCUUUGCAAAAUGAACAAUAGUCAUAGUACCUUAGAAGUUGAGAUUGAUAAAGCUCUUGUAUUGGAUCCUGUUAGCUUACACACACGUACGUACUCUGCAACAACUGGACCUUUAACACCAUUCAUCACACACACGGCAUUAGUACAACAACUACUAACCAAGAAGUUACCUUUUCAUGUAAUACACAUAUACAUACAGUACAGUAGAGUACUUUUCCUUGGCUGUGGUGCUCGGAUUCUAUUUCUACCAUUUCUCAGCCUAAAUUCAACAGUUCACUAACCACAGGCGGAGUGGAAAUCAACCCACGGAACGAGAAACAACCGGUACGUCACUCCAUUCCACGUACAGAAUCACAGCAAGAAUCACGAACUGACGACAUGUUGUCUUUUUCAGGAUUACAUUCAGAGUUGCGUUUUCCAAGAGUCUGCACCAAUGGGCUUCCAGGAAGGGUCUUUGGAGUCCAAUUCUCUUUGCGGCGAGGGACGGAGGAGUGAGGCGGUUCAAAGCUAAAUUUAUCGCAUCUUGUAGUCGUGGGAUAUAGCCGCCUCGCACAGUUGUCCUUUGAAAUCCAGCUCAAAGGUAAAGUCCAAGUCCCGCUGUGCCGAGGAAAUAAAUGGUUGUGAGUACAAUUCUACGAUUUGGAUUGAUGUUUGUCACUCAUUGAAAAAAAAAAAAAAAAGUCCGAUGCUGUUAUAACACUUACAACGUUUUUGUCAUUCGGCUUCAUUGCGAUGCUGCCGGUGAUUUCCUCCCCUCUUCGCACCGUCAGAUAGUCCUCCAGGUAGAACACCGUCUGCUUCCAGUGGGUGUAGGCAGCAUCCGGAGCUGGGACACAUACAAGAAGCAGGGGGGGAUUCAAACCUUUUCCAGGCAGAAGGCUGACAUGAAGGAAAGGUCUUCGGUCUUCACCGUGUAGAUGUCCACUUCCUGCAAGCAUGAAAGAUUGACCUCUGACAUACGCUGUAUCAUCUCAAAGGGUUGUGAAUACUAAAUUGCGAAUGUGGAAGGAUCCACUGGACUUCCCGGCGACAUCUGUGGCGGUCUCCAUCCACUGAUUGAACCACACUCGACGGUUGUGAAUACUAAAUUGCGAAUGUGGAAGGAUCCACUGGACUUCCCGGCGACAUCUGUGGCGGUCUCCAUCCACUGAUUGAACCACACUCGACAACCCGAGGAGACCCUUUCCCUGGAACGCUGAUCUUCCUGGCUGCUGCAGGCGAGCCCGGCGGGACCGUUUCCUCUCGUUUCCAACCACAUCUGAGCAGAAUUCAAGAAGUUUAACAUGGCAAGAGGCUGCCUUUGCUGUUUGAAGUAUUUGAUGUUCAUCUUCAAUCUCAUCUUCUGGUUGUGCGGCUGUGGGCUGCUCGGCGUGGGCAUCUGGCUGUCUGUUUCUCAGGGCAGCUUCGCCACCUUCUCGCCCUCGUUCCCUGCACUGUCGGCUGCCAACAUGGUCAUCGCCGUCGGUGCCAUCGUCAUGGUAACAGGCUUUCUGGGUUGUCUCGGCGCCAUCAAAGAGAACAAGUGCCUGCUACUGAGUUUUUUCAUCGUCCUGCUGAUAAUUCUCCUGGCAGAAGUGAUAUUACUCAUCCUGUUCUUUGUGUACUCAGAUAAGGUGAGCGAGAACGCUAAGCAAGAUUUAAAAGAUGGUCUCGCUCUCUACAACUCCGAAAACAACAUCGGCCUGAGAAACGCCUGGAACAUCAUCCAAGCCGAGUGGAAGUGCUGUGGCGUUAUAGCCUACACCGAUUGGCACGAGGCCCUGAAAGAGAAGGUCGUCCCUGACCGAUGCUGCCAGGAGCAUUACCAGAACUGCGGGCGAAACUCCACCAAUAUGUUCUGGAACCGGGGAUGCUUUGAGAAAGUGGAAGAAUGGCUCGAUGACAACAAGCACCUGCUGGGAACCAUCGGCAUGGUCAUCUUGGUGGUGCAGCUUCUGGGGAUGGCGUUCUCCAUGACGCUCUUCCAUCACAUCCACAGAACAGGGAAGAAAUAUGACGCCUAGCCUCAAGAGAAGAAGAAUCUCAAUUCCUGAAAUUCCUGAUGGGAUGGAACUUUUGAUGAAAUGCCACCCUCACCCCCCACUGCCCCCUUUUUCUCUUUCCCGCCACUACUUUCCAAUCAUCCUUUGACUCUGUUGCUAGAAUUUGUGUGCAAAAUCCAUGUGCCCCCCCCCCUUUCUUCCCCAUUCCUCUCCUUUUGUCACUCAUUUUUGCCAAAGAGUAACACAACUGGAAGAGGAAGAAAAAAAUGGAUGGUUGUCACUCCUUGAUUGUUUUUCCUUUUUUUUUUGGCUUGGAAUAACGGUUUACGGAAAGGAAGGGCGCACAGACACAAAAGACAAUAACGACUUUUACUAACACUUCCCACUUCCUGGGAAAAAAAAGUCCCUUUUCCCAUUUCUGGAAUAUUUGUGUCUUUUAUUUUGAUUAAUAAUCAGCUCCUUUUUUUUCUUCCCUUGUAAAUGAAUGAAAAAAACAAAACGGCAUGCUAGUUUUCUACUUCACCGAUUUUAAUUCAAAAUCCUUUAGCACCCUUUUUUCCAAGUUUUAUAUGUGAUUGAUGCCGGAAUGGAAUGAUAGAUGUUGGAAUUUUUUUUUUUUUUUUUUUUUUUUUUUUAGAUGUUGGAUUUGACGUGAGGAGUUUUGUUUUUUUUUGGACUAUCAUUUUGGGUAAAAUGAGUGUGGGAUGGGAGGAAGUCAUGGAAUUCCGUUGUGUUCUCUGGAUAAUGGUGCACAGAUGCCUGGGAAAAGACUGCUGCCACACCCCGCCAUCGUUGCUUUUUCCUAUUGAGACAAAUGCCGUCGAAUUGUUGUUUAUUGUUUAUUAAAGCUCCACCAGGACUGUCAAGACCAAGAUUUUUAGUGAUGAAAUCCCCCCCUGGAGAGCACACAUUAAAGACUAGUAUGUUUAUCACAUUGUUCCACCCUGCAGAGGUUUAAAAAGUGUAUAAAAAAACAGGGAAUUGUGGGGAAUACGGGCGGAAAGCGAGCAGACGUGUAUUCUUGCAGAUAUCAUAAAUUGUGUUAGCGGAGGCGGUAAAGCGUUUCUCUUCCAUAUUCCGCAACUGUCACAUAUUUUGUUCUUCUCUCAUCAGUCUCUACUUCACCUUUCUGUGUGUAUUUCCUCACAAAUAUUUUUUUUUCCCAUAUGUCUGAGUUUGUACUUUCGGCCUCAAAAUCCCACACGAUUGCUCCCACUCACGGCACACCUAGAAUUCCUAUUUCCGUGCCUCGUGGUUCCUCGCCGAGAGUAGGCCGAUCAAAGUUGAGACCGCUAGCCAUGGCAACGUGCUCUGAAGGAUGCAUCUGUUUACAUAAACAAUAUUGUUAAAUAAUGACAAUAAUAAUAAAAAGAA